GUAUACAACUUCAGUCAGCGCAACCGCGAGUUUCGACUCGCUCAUUUAUUUGAAAUAAACGUGAUUCCACCGGCAUCUAAAAGCCCCCGUCUAAAUAGAAGUAUGACUUCUUUGAAGCGGGAAAGAGAUGUGGAUCUAGACGACGACGACGAAGAAGAAGUCGUAGUCAAAGUAGGACGAGGUCGUGCCACUGAAGACCGGAGAAGUCGCCACUGUCCGUAUCUUGACACCAUAAACAGGAGUGUGCUGGACUUCGACUUCGAGAAGCUGUGCUCCAUCUCUCUGUCUCACAUCAAUGUGUAUGCUUGUCUCAUAUGUGGAAAGUACUUCCAAGGUAGAGGCCUGAAGUCGCAUGCGUACACCCACAGCGUCCAGUUCACCCACCACGUCUUCCUCAAUCUCCACACACUCAAGUUCUACUGUCUACCAGACAACUAUGAGAUCAUCGAUUCUUCUCUGGAGGACAUUACCUAUGUUUUGAAGCCAACAUUCACGAAGCAGCACAUCUCCGCUCUGGACAAGCAGGGAAAACUGUACCGAGCCUACGAUGGCACAACAUACCUGCCAGGCAUCGUAGGUCUCAACAACAUUAAAGCCAACGACUAUGCCAAUGUUGUUCUACAGGCCUUCUCCAAUGUCCCUCCGCUCCGAAACUACUUCCUGGAGGAGGAAAAUUACAGAGACAUCCGCAGACCGCCGGGCGACAUCAUGUUCCUCUUGGUGCAGAGAUUUGGAGAGCUCAUGCGAAAACUGUGGAAUCCAAGAAACUUCAAGGCCCAUGUGUCUCCUCAUGAGAUGCUCCAGGCGGUGGUGCUGUGCAGCAAGAAAAACUUUCAAAUCACCAAGCAAGGUGAUGCUGUUGACUUCAUGACUUGGUUUUUGAAUGCUCUGCAUGGUGCCUUAGGAGGAACAAAGAAAAAGCCAACCAUCCUCACAAAGGCAUUCCAAGGUUCCAUGCGCAUCUUUUCGAAGAAGCUUCCUCACCCAGAUCUGACAACGGAGGAGAAAGAGGCUUUGCUCCUUACGGACGAGUACCAGGAGCAGAUGUCCGAGUCCACCUUCUUGUUCCUGACCCUUGACCUCCCAACGGCACCACUGUACAAGGAUGAAAAGGAGCAGCUCAUCAUCCCUCAAGUUCCUCUCUUCAACAUCCUAAGCAAGUUCAAUGGCAACACAGAGAAGGAGUACAAAACCUACAAGGAGAAUUUCCUCAAAAGGUUUCAGCUGACAAAACUGCCUCCGUACCUCAUUUUCUGCAUCAAAAGAUUCACCAAGAACAACUUCUUUGUGGAAAAGAAUCCCACAAUCGUUCACUUUCCCAUCACGAACCUGGAUCUCAAAGAGUACCUGACAGAAGAGGCCCAGCUGACCGAGAAGCGCACAGCAUACGACCUCAUCGCCAACGUGGUGCAUGAUGGGAAGCCGUCUGAAGGAGCCUGCAGGAUACAUGUCCUCCAUCAUGGCACGGGAAAGUGGUACGAGAUGCAGGACCUGCAGGUGAUCGACAUCCUUCCUCAGAUGAUCACUCUGUCUGAGGCCUACAUACAGAUCUGGAAGCGAAAGGAAACAGCGGACGCCAACAGCCACACAGGAGCAUGAAAGAAGCAGAAAGUGGACCCUGGAUUUUAAAACAUUCUGAGUGACAGUGCUGAAGCAUUUCUGUGCUAAAAUAAUGUUGUGUCUGAACUUUUUACAUUUCUCAAUAAACCAGCUCCAGCACGGUGUCUUUUACCAGCGUCCUGUGUUGUUCUUUCCUCACCACACUGCUGUAAAAGCACAUGAUGGAGCAUCCAACAUGAUCACGGCUAUUG